AUGCACAUUACAAGAUCUCGAUGGAUUUUACUGCUUGUUUUGUUACAUUAUGCUGCAUGCGGCAUUGUUGGGGCUGCUCUAGAAUUGAGCGUUAGACCUAAAGUUUUAGUUACUAUUGCUCGAGUUGUCAAAGCUAUCCAACGGCACACGAUUGACCCGGAUGACAUUCCGGACAAUAGAGUUGUGGUGCCGAAUUUAUCCUCUUCUAACCCGGCUACCCACACAAACGCUGCUACUUCCUUGGCAAGAGCAUCGCAAAGUAAGCAUGCCAGCGCCCAUUCAAGCUCUUUUGCACAUAUGGACAGUAAUCCUUCUAUGUUCUAG